CCCAGCUUGCAUUGGCAAUCGCAGAUCUGGCACUUCAGAUGGCCUCGUGGAAAGGCUGUGUUCACACCCUCAUAGAAAAAUACAGUAACGAUGUGUCCUCCAUGCCUUUCCUGAUUGAGAUACUCACCGUUCUGCCAGAAGAGGUGCAUAGCCGCUCUCUGAGGAUUGGAGCCAAUCGACGGUCGGAGAUUAUUGAGGAUCUGGCCUACUACUCUACAACAGUGGUCACUCUUCUGGUGACGUGUGCGGAGAAGUCCGGACAUGAUGAGAAGAUGUUUAUCAAGGUGUUCCGGUGUUUGGGGAGCUGGUUUAAUUUAGGAGUGCUGGACAACAACUUCAUGGCCAGCAAUCAAUUGCUGAUGAUUCUCUUCCAAGUGCUGCAGAGGGAUGAGACGUCCACAAACUUGCAUGAGGCGGCAUCGGACUGUGUGUGCUCGGCACUGUAUGCGAUCGAGAAUUUGGCCGUACACAUGCCUUUGGCCAUGCAGCUCUUCCAGGGAGUCCUCUCUCUAGAAACGGCUUACCACAUGGCUGUAGCCCGAGAGGACCUCGAUAAGGUGCUAAAUUAUUGCCGGAUCUUUACGGAAUUGUCCGAGACAUUUUUGGAGAUGACUGUAAGGACUCCUGGCCAGGGCAUGGGAGAUCUACGCACCUUAGAGUUGCUGCUUAUUUGUGCUGGACAUCCUCAAUAUGAGGUGGUUGAGAUCUCGUUCAACUUCUGGUACCGUCUGGGAGAAAAUCUUUAUAAAAUGAACGAUCCGGCGCUUCACAGAGUGUUCAAGCCGUACAUACAGAGACUACUGCACAGUCUCGCCCGCCACUGCCAGCUCGACCCAGAUCAUGUGAGCAUCCUUCCCUUCC